AUGCCUGAGAGGAAUCACUAUGUGGCCACUGAGUUUAUCCUCUCUGGACUAACAGAAAUCCAAGAGGUGAAGUGUACCUUUUCCUUAGUAAGGGUUUUUGUGGAUUUCUGUUACUCCUCAGUUAUCUCCCCAAGGUUGCUGGUGAACUCUUCAGCAGUGAGGAGAGCCAUUUCAAUCAGUGCCUGUGUGGCACAGCUAUUCCCUUUUCACCUCAUGGCUCAUGUUAAGUGUCUUCUGCUGGCAGUAAUGGCGUAUGUGCAUGUGGCUGUCUGUAACCCUCUACUUUAUGCAACUGUCAUGUCCUCAAAAGCCUGUACACAGAUGGUAAGCAGCUCCUAUUUCAUUGGCUUUGUCCACGCACUUGCACAAACUAUCUCCACCUUCAUGCCCUCUUUCUGUGACUCCAGUGUUAUCAGUCAUUACUUUGGUGACUUUCCCCCUAUGAUCCAGCUUUCAUGCUCUGACACCUAUAGCAAUGAGAUGGUACUUCACAUUUUUGGUACAUUUCAUGGCAUCUUCACAUCUCUGGCAAUUCUAACCUCCUGUAUCUACCUCAUCUCCACCAUCCUGAGGAUCCACUCCUCCAAGGGCAGAUGCGAAGCCUUCUCCACCUGUGCUUCCCACCUGAGAGCUGUCUUGUUGUUUUAUGGGACCACCGUUUUUAUGUAUGUUAGGCCAGCCAAUUCCAGCUACUCAUUGGACUGAGAUAAAUGGGCCUCUCUGUUCUAUACAGUGGUGACUCUGGUGCUGAAUCCUGAGGAGUUCUAG